AUGCUGUACUACGUGCGGAAUCGAUUCUUCCUGCUGUUUUUUGGCUUCUUUUUUACCAUUUGUCUGUGUUUCUUUUCAUUUAAUUUUAUGACCCUGAAAUCUGUGAGUCACUCGUAUGACUACGUUGAGUAUAUAAAGAAGAGGACCAUUGCAGACACGUUUAAUCUGAACAAGCUGGGGAAAUUCAAGUCGCUGGUGGACGACCUGUUACGGAUAAAGGUGUGCAGAUUUUACGGCAAUUUGUUUUGCCACAUCAUUCUUGUGACAGUCGUGUUGAAGAUUUAUUGCUUCUUCUUUGUUAACUACUUCGUUUCGUUUAUCAAGUACAAGUUUCACUUCCUCUUCGUGACGGCGUCGGUGUGCCUCUCCGUCUGUUUGAUGUCCCUCCUGAGUAAGAGAAAGGGGUGGGGCUCCUACACCUACCUGGACACCAGCAUAGGCCUGCAAAAAUGGACGAUGCUGUUUUACCACGUCCAGACGAGCGAAAAGUACUCCGCCUACGAGCUGCUGAGCAGCUUCGUCUUCUUCUUCUUCCUCUUCUACAUCACGUCGAUAUACCUGUACAUUUUUUUAAAAAAAAAUGAAAACACGGUGACAGUUAAGCUGAGCGAAAAUCAGGAGAAUUCACUGCCCUUUGAUGAGCUAGUCCUUGACGACCAUGACAUUCUGCUCCACUUCAAGGCCGUCCUCUACACCAUAGACAAGACAUUCGAAAGGGUGAGAAUACUAAGGGAGAGGUAUGAGGUAGGCCAAUCGUUAAACCAGCAAAUUCAGUGGUAUAACCAGUACUGCUAUCAAAAGGCUUUGCAGGAAAAUAUGCUAAAUUGGUAUGGCCCUAAUGGGUGUGUGCCUCAGGGGGGGGGUCAGCUGGUCCAGGCGCCUCAACUUAGUGGUUGGUGUGAGGGGGGGGGCACACCCCAAGAGAGAAGCGCAGCUCAAGUGAGAAGCGAUGCCGUGGUGAACAGGGUGGGGAGUGACCAGGGUGGAGUUCCCCUUUCCGGUUUUACCGCACCGCUCAACCAGGGGGAGGUCCCUGAAAUGAACUCCCAAGCGAUGGACUCGCAGCGGUUGGAAGGCGAGCAAAGAGAUGCCUCAAGAGAUGAGUCAAGUCUGCACGAUGGCGAGGCAGUCGACGCGGUGGCCCCGUCUUCGCAAAACUACAACGAGAUUGAAAUGGUCCAAAAAACGGAGAACAUGCACCUGUUUUUUACGAAGCUGCUGAAUGGGAAAUACGACUUUGGCUUUUUGCACGAGCGAGGGGGGGGAGCAAAUGAAAUGGGAGCCGCUAAUACAGUGGGUGGAGCAAAUGCAGGAGGUGGAAGCCGCCACAACGGGGAGACCAAAAAACGGCUGAUGAAAUUCCUCAGAAGAGGAGUUUACGACAAGGCGGCAGUCGGGAGGAGGGAUGCCAAGAAGGAGCGGAAAAGAACCCAGCUGAAAUACAUGCUACUCAAUUUGGUAGAAGAUUUGGCUAGCAUAGAGAAUAUAAAAAUGUCCUUUACGUAUGUCUUAUUUUUGAAGAUAAAGCGGAACAUCCUGAUGAGGAAGAUACGCCAAGUGAACAGAGUCAAGGGGGAGCUGAAGGAACAGUACCAAAACAGAGUCCUCUACAGGAAGCACCUCCUCAACUUGCAGAGGAAGAUGGCCGACGAGAUUGACGAGAUGGAGCGGGACAUCCUCAUACGGAACAAGUUGAAGGGCACCCUCGUCCGCGUCAUCGAGGAUGGAGCGUUCUACCAGAAGGAUGACAAGGUCGAAAAGGACCCAACCCCCCCAGAGAAGCAGCAAGAAGGAUGUUAA